AUGAACGGAACGUUCGAUGUUUCUGAGGAGCAGUUGCUUCAAUUUUACCACUUAAAGUCCUUGGAACCAGUCACUUCUUGGAAGGAAGAUUCUACGUUAGUGUAUCAAUUGGAAGACGGACAAUGGGAAGAAGAUAAUCUUGAAACAUCGUAUGCAGUGUUGAACGAUUUGCUACAGCAAGAACAUGAGUUCAACCGGACUAAAGGAUCUGGUACUACUUUGGAAAAGGAAGAUGUAAAAGAUCCCCUAAAUCCAUCAAUUCCUGCCAUGGAGUUGUUAAGACGGUUGAAGAUCGACCCAUCGUCUAAGCAAAGUUACGAGUACUUGAUUACGAGUAAGAAUUUCAAACCAAAGUUGUAUUUGAAAAAGGUUCAUGCGCAGGAUACGUUUGAGCAAUUGACUAGGUCUCUAGACACAUUGGAUAGAUCAUUACAGGAGCAAUCACAUGAAUUAAAACAACUCAUCCAGACCAACUUUGCGAAAUACGUGAGGUCGAAGUCAAACUUAGACAACAUUUAUAGCAGAUUUGGAACACUUAUGAAUAGCACAAAUGCUGAGAAUUCUCAGAACUAUGACGAAGACGAACUUUCCGUGCAAAAGCUCAAUGAUAACUUGAAUGAGACUAUGAAACAAACAUCUUUAAAACUCCAGCCUUUAUUGAACAAUAACGAGAAGGUGCAGAAGUUCCAAUGGGCCAUACAAUUUGUCAAUGAUAACAGGUAUUUCUUUGACUUGCCAAAGCUUUUAAAAAAUCUUUUGGUGAAUAAGGAUUACACAAAUCUUAUGUUCGAGUAUGAACGCGCUAAAUCCACGUACAAAAACCUAUCAGCGAGAAAUUCAGGCGAAUUACAAAUAGGAAGCGAUAAUUCUGUUAUUGAAAAGAUAUGGAAUGAAGUUGAGCUUAUCAUGGAUAGGUAUAGGAAAUACAGUUGGGCCAAACUAUUAAUGCCACCUGCUAUCGGCUCUAGUGACUCCCAAGAAGUAUUUUUGCCUCUUCUUUCAAAAUUAAUUGAUCUCAAGGUCACCGAAAACCCAAUUAUCAUGUGGAUAGAUACCAGAAUGAGUAAUUUCCAGGAUCAAUUAAAAAGAACAGCAGAUCAAAUGAUGGAGAGCAUAGCGCAAUCGUCGGAUAAUUUACUUCAAAACAGUUCUGGCAACGAAAUUGAUCUCCAAUUUUACCUUUCCAUGAAUAUAUACUCUGAAGAAAGGUCUUCGAAGGCCGAUGACUCCUCGGCAAACCAUACUUUAAUGGUCCAAAGGGGUCUGACAGAUGUCCCGGCUGUCGUAGAAACGUGGUUAUUAAUCCUAAAGUUCAUGACAGAAUUGAACACCAUAUCAACUUCAUUUGUUGAGUUUUGGGAGCAUGUAGAAAGGUUCUUAGACAACACAUACCAAACGAUGUUGAUAAAUGAACGUAGGCAAAAUAGAAUCAUAGAGUCCAAUGACGAGUUAUUGGAGGAUGGAGCCGCCAUGUUGAAUUUAUCUGAUGACGAAGUCAAUUUACUAAAACAACAAGGUGCAUCGUUUAUUAAAUCUGUUUCAAAUGUAUUGACAUCUUUCUUCCGGUCAACACAAACGAAAUCAAAUGUGAAAGUUACCAAUAACAACAGCGGCAAUGACCCAGGAUCUCCUUCUUUGUAUGGGUUCAUUCCACCACGGUCAAACUGUUUAAGUUGUUUGAGAUAUUUACCGAAAAUUGUAGAUCCUGUAUUCAGGUUUACUACAGAAUUGGCACAACUUGCUAUAGAUUCUGAUUCAAUUGAAAGUUUGAGAAAAUUGAAUGUGUUUAUUACAGAUCGUUGCGUUUCUGCGAUCUCGUCAACCAGGCUAAGAGAUCUUUCAAUGUUAUACACUUUAGAAGAUUGGGAAGUCUAUGAAUCACUAGAGGAUGAUCGUUAUAGUAUCACAUUGUUUCCGGAAAUGGCGAGAUCUCUACAACAGUAUAGCAUCCAAACCCUUAGAGAUAUAUUAUUCUCUUAUGAAAAAUUACCUGUUAUUAAAGGUAUAUCAGUUGUGGGCUAUCCAUCAAAACAAUUACUAACAGGAAUUGAAAUUCAACAAGUUGUUUCCAUGGAAUCUGUCUUAGAAUCUGUUUUGAAAAAUGCUGCUAAAGAUAAAGAUAAUCCAAGAAACUCGCACACCGUGUUAACAUUGAAUAACUUAAAACAUAUAAAGUCUCAAACUUUCCCCAAAGUAUUACAACAUUUCGAUGAAGCAUUUGAAAUGAACUUGUCCACCAAAAAAUUGGAGCUUUACAAUCUUUUAGCUAAGAUGGAGUCUUCCAUCUUCGGUAAUUACUUGUCAGAUUUGAAGUUUUCAUUGAGAGACAAACUAGAGGACAAGUUUCAUGAUAUUACGUGGUCUACAUAUACUUCCAACUCUUUCAGAGUUAGUGACUACAUCAUUGAGACGUUGAUGAUAUUGAUUGGUAUACACAGCGAGUGUUUCAGAAUAGGUCCGCAAUUGAUUGAAAGGAUUUUGAAAGAAACACAAGUAUUUAUUGCCAAAUACUUGUUUGAAGCAUUCAAGCCUUAUAUUGGGAAUAUUUCCUCCGAUGGUCUUCUUCAAGUAACAGUAGACUUACUUUUCUUAGAAAAGGUUUUAAAAGGUUUGUUGGUUGAGGAUACCAAGACUAUUAUUAUCGCAUGUCUUCAAAACUGCUUCCAAAACGACGUUCCUAGGAUGCAAAGAAUUAUUAAGGAGACAGAACCUAUCGUUAACUCAAAUCUAGAGAGGACGAAGAUCCAGUUUGCAUCCUUGAGGUAG